AUGUUUUCUGAACACCCGGCAGAUCGACUUCGAGGAGCCACACCCCGUCUUGGGUGGUAUGGCACAUGCCCCGGUCGCAUGGGUGUCCGGGGCAUGAGUGUUACAUUGGCUUAUCGCGCGGGUGAUGCGUUCCUGCAGCUUGCACCGAGGACCAAGACCCUUUCUCAUCUGAUUCGUCCGCUGCAACGCCAGUUACAUUCGGCCUCCCACUAG